AUGACGAGCAUCUCUCAUUCGCAUAGUACGACCGAGACCGAGCCAUACGUACCACCGGAUGCUGAAGAGAUGCUAGAUGUAGCAGUCUCUGUCUUGGACCCACGCGACGCCCAGCAAGCCGCAUCGUCGCAGACUACACCGAGGUCUGCGGGCCGCUUUCGUCAGGUGCACCUCAGCUUCGCAGGUCCGCCACCACAAUCGCGGAAGCGCGCACGAAGCACGCCGCCUCCACCCACGGCUGAGGAGCUGGAUGCACAGGACAAGGCUAUCGCAGAGGAUGCAGAAGUACCCGCGGACACCGAGAUCCCUGCUGUUGAGAGGCGUCAUGCACGACGCUUCAGCACAGCCUGGAAGCAGACGUACUCGUGGCUGAGCCUGAAGUGGGACAAAGAGGAGCGCCAGUACGGUAUGAAGUGUUCCGCGUGCUGUAAGUUCGCUCCUAACACCAAGUCUCCAUUUGGCGGUCCUGGCGUCGGUGCGAGGGAUUUUCAGAAGUCUGCAUGCCGCAACCAUGACCAGUCCAAGGUGCACCUCGCGGCCAUGGAAGCAGAACGACUUGCUGCAGGCACGGAGAUGAGGCAGCGCAGCCUCUUGAACAUGCUCAGCAGCAAUCCUGUCAUGGCGAGAGUCGUGAAAUGCAUGCAGGGAGCUCAUUGGAUCGCACAGCACGAUGCACCUAUCGCUCUCUACCCCUUGCUGGUGCGGUUCAUGGCGGAGCAAGGAUGCCCCGACAUGCGGAGCAGCGAAGCAUACAAUCGUUAUUACUCGCGAUACGCUUUCGGCGAGUUCGUAGAGGCUAUGUCGGAGCAUCUGGUGGCCAGGCAGCUCGUGGACGUCAAAGAGUCGGCCUGGUACAGCCUCUCCUUCGACGAAUCCACGGAUCGCGCCCGUGGAAAGCAUCUCAUCGUGUAUUGCACGUUCGAGAGAGGCGAGGCCGUGGUGUGCCAGUUUCUUGCUCUCCUGUCGCUCGAGCGAUGCGACGCUGCAGCACUGUACGACGCGAUCGUGAAGUGUCUGUGGUCGAAGGACAUGUCGAUGGACAAGCUGGUUGGGUUUCAACGGAUGGUGAAGAAUCAUGUCGACAAGGUGAAGACCAAGCUGGCGCAGUACUACGUCGAGCCCGGCGCAUCCAACAGGCCGAACACCUCCCGCCUGAACAAGUUCCUUGCUGCACACAAAAGCAAGGACAAGCGCAAGAUGCAGCUCAAGGGAGUGGAUGAGAACGGCAAGCCUGCAACAGCCGAGUUCGAGCUUCACGAGGACAUCAUCGACCCUAAGAACCCAGGGGGGGGAUGCGACUUGGAGGCCUGCGCGGACCUGGCGAGGCGUUUCGCUCAGCGCCUCAUUAAGGCGCUGGGGAAGAGGAUGGCGGACCUGCGCCAUUUUGAUGGUGUUGGUUUCUUCACCCCUGAUAAGUAUCCCCCCCGUGCAGGAGAGCAGGACGCGUGGGUGAAGCUGCAUCUCAACGAGCUCCUUGACAUGUUCAAGAACAAGCUACCUGCGAACUUCUUCUCCCUCUUGGGGGGAGACGAAGUAGAGGAUCCGGGGGUCUUCUUGGCUCGCGCUGAGGAAGAGCAGGCCAAGAAAGCAGCAGCUGCUCCUAAGAAAGAUUCCAAGCCUGCUGCCAAGCCAGCAGCCGCCGCGAAGCCCACACCUGCUGCGCCAGCCGCCGGCCGCGGAGCCGGCGCAGGAAGAGGCGGAGGUCGUGGUGGAGGCGGACGGGGGGGAUCUUACCCCGCGGAGGGGGGCCAGGAUGGCGGACAGCCGUACAGGAACCGGCAGUUGCGCGGAGAGGACGGCGAGGUGUCCGGCGGCGGUGGCGGAAUCCGCAGCGGUGGUGGCGGCGGCGGCGGCGGCGGUGGCGGCUAUGGCGGUCGCGGUCGUUCCCGAGGAGGCGACGGGGAGCGGAGGGGGCCUCGUCGGGAAUUCGACAGGCACAGCGGCACUGGCCGUGGUCACGAGAUGAAGCGCGAGGGUGCCGGACGCGGCAACUGGGGGCGAGCCGACGAGGUGCCGCAAACGGGCGAGCAGGAGGAGGCGGGCGAGGAGGGCGAGGCCAAGCAGGCCAACGGAACGGCGGAGGGAGAGGCGUCUGCUGCUGAGGGCGACGCUGCUGCGGGAGAGGCUGCCGCUGAGGCCGCCCCCGCUGAGGAGGAGGACAAGGAGAUGACCCUGGAGGAGUACGAGAAGCUGCGCGAGGAGAAGCGCAAGGCGCUGGCGGCGAGCCGCACGGCGGAGGCGCGCAAGGUGGAGGUGGACGCGGAGAUGGCGGCCAUGGCGGUGCACAAGAAGAAGGACGCCGAUGAAGACGCCGUCUUCGUCAAACUCGGCGCCGACAAGGCUGUGAAGAAGCGCGAAAAGACGGAAGAUGAAGACAAGCCCAAGACUGUCAACAUCAACGAUUUCCUCAAGCCCACAGACGGCAGCACCUUCAAUCCCCGGCGCUCAGGCGGCCGUGGUGGAGGCAGGGGACGUGGUGGGGGCCGUGGGGGACGCGGAGGGCAGCAGCAGCAGCAAGCAGUGGAGAUAGCUGAUCAGACCCAGUUCCCCUCCCUGGGUGCUGCUUGA